AUUCGAAGUCCGCUGAAGUAUCCAAUGGAAGUGAAAUGGUUGUAGUUGAGAUGGCACUAGAGAACUUCAGAGACGGAAGAUGGUUGUCUAUCGGUUCUCGUCCGAGGGUAGAUAUCUCUCAAUGAACAACGUAGAUCACAGGUGCAGUUCCUGCGAGAGGCAUCUGGUGCAUGCACAAGGCUCGAUUGAGAUGUAGCGUGAAUAGUAGCCUUAUCCACUUGGUGCCACAUUAACCUAGUCCCGGAUUGUAUGAAGAUCGCAUGCUUCCGCUGCGUGAAAGAUUCAUCCAAUUUGACGACGGCAAUCUCCAUAAGCAGAGGAAUCGAGUUCAUUCCUUUCGUAUUUUUGUAUAGCUGACUCUGAAAUCAUUUUCCUCUUCCAACAUCAGAUCUGAAGUGUCAUCGGUUCGAAUUCCUGAUUCUGACGAGGUCCGUAAGUUUGUUAAGAAGAGAUAAUUCUUGAGAAAAUCAUGGCUUCGAAUUUGCAAGCGGCUGGGUGCUGUUCAAGCUUCACAACUGUAGUGUUAUUUGCAGGAGUGAGAGGAUCACCUAAUUCACCUCACAGACUUGCCAAGACUACUUCUCCACGAAACUCCUUGCAGGGUGAGGACGACUACAACCUGUCAAAUGUAGAUUAUGACGAUGUCACAUCUAAGUGGCUUUCAGCCGAUUUUCUUAACUUGCGAUUACGAUCGAAUGGAUUGAUAUGCAAAGAGGCUAUUCAAGCACUCCGAAAACAUUUCAAGCAGAUGGACGAGCAGCAGCCUGUUACGCCAUCCGAAGCCGUGUCUAGCAAAUCAGUUCGAAAAGUUGUACAGGAGCGAGCCCCGCCUUCGGCACGCCAAGUAAAUACCCGGCCCCUGCCAAAUGUGAUUUUCUAUGACGAAACUGUUCAUUCUCAAUUGUAUAACUCCAGCAGCACCUAUAAGACUACUUUCAGCUUUUUAGACGAAUCAUUCUGCUAAACACGAAGCGCUCCACAUACUUUGGUUUGCAGCUCAAACCUGCAGAUUAUCACAGUGAAAGAUAUUGGAACAUUGUAAUAUCCUGGGUGCGGUUAUGUCACUGCACUCUCUGUACAGGAAAACUACAGCCAUGCCUCCAAAUUGCGAGGAUGUAACAUAUGUUCUAAAUCUUUACAUUCUCCUAACCUAUCUACUCCGCUCUUAUCGUGGCUUGCAUUGCUGCAAGCAUGAUAUUUGUGAUAAAAUUAUUGUAAACUGUUACAAACAAGUUAUUUUGAACUUCACAGCACCUACUCCAAACCCUCGCCUGUUUGGAGUUAGUCUGUUUUGCCUGCUUACAUUUCGGAGACUAACCCACUUCUCAGUCCUUCCCUUACGACAUGAAUCUGCUUCACUUGUCUCGCAAGUCUCUAUGCGUUACUGUCAAAGUAUUUAGCCACUUGCUGGAUUAUUUCUAUCAACAUGCUUUAUAUGCAACUGUAACAGCCUGGUCGUGCAAUUCGCGUUACCCAUUGAUAUUGUGAUAUUCUGGUCCAGGAUUAUGUUAAAUCCAAAGAGGACGGCGAGCACAUGGAAAACCUGCAGUCAUCACUCAAAUUGUCAAAAAGAGUGUCGUCGCCCAUGAGAUUUAUGUCAAAUAUAGUUUGCUCACUGAGCGACCAAAGACUUGUGUGAGAAUCUCUCAGUAAGUUAAAAGAAUCAUAUUGAAUAGGGAAAUAUAAAAGAGUGGUAGGGCGUGUGAUAAAUUUGAGCACCAUCAGUGCGGAAUUUCUAGCCCCGUAGGCAAAAUGCUGAAUUUUGGCAUGAUAGCGUCGGUUGCGUCUCUGCUGAAGUGGCAGAUUGCAAAGGUGGCGCCGGGAAAGACAUUGAAGCGGGAGAAUUCUUUGUCAUCUUCUAAUGACGAGGAAUACCAUCUGAGCAACAGAUUUUAUACUAGUCCCAAGAGAGUGAGAGUGAUUUGUACCGACCCAGACGCCACGGAUUCGUCUAGUAAUGAAGAGGACGAUUUUCGCUCGCUGCGAAAUUUGCAGCGGAGAUUAGUUCAGGAGAUUUACACGUCCACCGAGUCAUUUGCGGUGAACGAGUUGUCUUCUGAUAGUGAGCUUGAUGAGCCUUCCGCUCCAGUCGCGAGGACAGUGAGAAGCAGCAAGCUCUCUUCACAUGGGACUCGCAGCGCACCAAUGGCCACCGCAAAAUUCACGGUACUCGAGAAGUCUCAGCCGAAAUCUGCCUCACUUGUGUCAACAAACGAAGGCAAGCCUCACAAAUACAGAGGCGUGAGGCAGAGACCAUGGGGCAAGUGGGCCGCUGAGAUCCAGGAUCCCUCCAAGCGGGUCCGGCUAUGGUUGGGAACAUACGAUACUGCUGAACAAGCCGCACAAGAGAUUCAUGGACCGCAAGCACAUACAAAUUUUAGCACCAGUAAAAAGGUCGAGCACAUCACUACAACGACCUCCAGGUCCGAUGUGAUGUCGAAGAAAACCAUGAAGAAGGAGGCCUCGCCGAAGGGUUCACGACCUGUGAAGGAGCCUGUCACCUUAACCCCCGAGGUUGAGGGGACGUCGUAUUCCUCCAAACCCAUGUGCCCAGUUCAAGUCAAAAGAAUUACUGAUGGUGAUGAAAAGACCUGCGUCUCGCGCGGGAAAGACGAGGAUAUGAAAAUGCUCGGUGAUGCAUAUGACACCAUUGAGGUAGAUCUCAUGAGCGACGACACUCUUUUUGACAAUUUGAGUGAUGACUGCGGGUUUUUCAUGUGCUCGUCGUCCUCUAUGGAUGGCUCUCACGGCUUGCCUUGGUCCAGUCUCACAGUUUGUGAGCCAUCUUCCAACAAUUUCGACGCUGCAGUGAAUGCAGUGACGAAAAGUGGUGAGAAUGGAAUAAAACAAAGAUUUCAGCAAAAUCAAACAUUGGACUUACUUACAAACUGCGACUGAAAACUCGCAGUCUAAAGCACAAGAGUUUAGUUCCUGAGAGUUCGGCGCUGAGUCCGGAUCUUAGUUCGUCCAUAUCAGGAUCAUCUAGAGUAGAUGAUAAGUAGGGAUGGAUGUUCCCACACCCUCCCUCACUACGAGAUCAUCUUCGAAAAUAUUUUGCAGGAAGAUCUAAGAGCCCUACUUCUAAAACCUGGAAGCUUCUUGCAGAUGAUAGUGAUUCAUCGUUGCUUAUUUAUUUUUGGAAGUGGUAGAUUUUUUAUUUUAUUUUAUUUUUUGUUUUGUUGUUGUUGUGGUAAUCACGAGUCUUUUUUUUCCCAGAA